UCUUAAUUUAACAACAUUAGUAGCAAGUAAAUGAAAACUCCUUGUCAGUAUUAAAUACGGGAGUGAAGAGAGCGCUGAACCUGGGGUUGAGGGUCUCGGCUAACCGCUAACGGUUUUCGGCAAGAUGCGCAUCGGCCCUGGCAUUCACACAGCUUGUCGUUCUUCAACACCUCACACCACAAAAUUAUCACGCUCGACAACAGGUCUCUAGCGACGCCAAGGUAUGUCGAAUUCCCGCUCUCCAUCACCAAGGCUGCAGAAUAGCGAUUUUCUCGAUGCCCAAAAUUUUAUGUUUGCCCCACAAUGUCAGGAGCUUUGGGCAUGGCGUGGGAUCAAGCUAUGAGCUGCGGGUUGACACACAAAAAACCUUUUCCACAACGCUGACACUACAGUCUGCAUUAGAGAAUACACCUGCACAAUAUGGCCAACCCCAGAGUCGAAGAACUCCCCGACGAGGACGUCCCCAAGGCCGGUGUUGAGGACGCUGGCAGCAGCUCUGAGUCUGAAGCUGGUGAUGAGCCAACCAUCCCCGGCGGCGCUGCUGUCACCAUCCACUCUCGCAAUGAGAAGAAGGCCCGUAAGGCUAUCGCCAAGCUUGGCCUAAAGCACGUUCCUGGCAUUACCCGUGUCACCCUUCGCCGACCCAAGAACAUCCUCUUCGUUAUCAGCCAACCUGAUGUCUACCGCUCUCCCUCUUCUAACACCUGGAUUAUCUUCGGUGAGGCCAAGAUCGAAGACCUGAACGCUCAGUCCCAGAUCAACGCUGCCCAGCAGCUCGCUGCCGCCGGCGAAGGCGCCAACGCCGACCACGCCGGCCACGACCACUCCCACGAGGGCAAGGGCAAGGCUCCCGAAACCGAAACCAAGAAGGAGGAAGAGGAAGACGACGGCGAGGAGGUCGAUGACUCUGGUCUGGAGGCCAAGGACAUUGAGCUUGUCAUGGCUCAAGCCAAUGUGUCCCGAAAGAAGGCCGUCAAGGCGCUGAAAGAGAAUGACAACGACAUUGUCAACUCGAUCAUGGCCCUCAGCAUAUGAGCUUAGCAUGUUAAAAUUCUUAUUUUAGCCAACGUGAAUUAUUUAUGAAUUUUACGGGCACGAUUGGCAGUCUUCAUGUUGUCCUGCGAAGGUCAUCUGCUCGACUGGGGGUUGAUAUUUGGCGCUAUCUCAUUUUCGAUGUUGUAAAACAGAGCAAGCCAAAAGUAGUAUUUACUCAAUCAUUCCGUGAUAUGUCUACUUCUUGAAGGAAAUAAAAUAAAAUAAAUCAAAUA